AUCAAUCUCUUCUCUCUCAUCUCAUCUCAUCUCACUCCAUUCCAUUCUACCAAGUCUUUUCAACAGAGCUUAGAACCCUAAGAUCAUAACUUUAAUUAUUUAUUACCUUUUGAUCCAAACUAGCCUACAGUGAAGGAGGAAGUCGUUUCGAAGUGGGUUUUGAAAGUUCAUCAGGGAAUUGAGGUUGUGACAAUGAAAUUGGCUAAGAAGAUCCAUUGCCAACAUUCAUCGAGCUGUAUGUGCACCAAAGAGCAGCAUGUGGAUGACGACAUCAUCGCCUUAAUAUUUGAGAAGUUAAACUGGAAUCCAAACACAAUAGCUGCCUUCUCUUGCGCAUGCAAAUGGUUUGAUGACGUGGCCAAGAGAAUCCUAUGGAAGGAGUUCUGCAAAACAAGAGCGCCAAAAAUGAUGGUGGACCUUCAAUCUAGUGGUAGCCACAAUGUUGAUGGGAAUUGGAGGGCUCUUGGAAAGCUCCUUAUAUACUGCUCAGGUUGCCCAAGGGGCGGUUUGUUUGAAAACGUGGAUAUUCCUGGGCAUUUUGUUCAUCGAACACGAUUCUCUAGCACAUCAGGCAAAAGCUUUCUUAUACCACAGUGCAGAUCGGAUGUCCUUUAUGUUUCAGACCCUUGCGAACAUCUUGACCAAGGAGAUGAAGGGGAUGUGGGACUCUUUAGAGGAGUUUUCAAGUCGUUCUCGGUUUCGAAAGUCCGGAGGAUGCUGAUCAAGAAAGAGGCACCCUUUCAUCCAGAGGAGUUGUGCCCAUAUUGCAAAGCAAAAUUAUGGAGCAUGUUGCAAACAAAAAUGAUACCGCAAAGUGCGAGUAGCCGUUUAGGUGCGUAUGAAGAUUGCAUUGAAUAUUAUGUGUGCUUGAAUGGGCAUAUGUUGGGUAUCUGCGCUCUCUUGCCCUUGUCUGAUUCAGAGGAGGCAUCUGAUGUGGAGUAAUAUACUGGAAACCUCAAGGAGGUACGAAGAAUAUUCUCAAUUAAAAUUAUGCAAAAUGCCAUUUCAAGUUCUUCAAGGUGAUCUUUGCCUUGUCCUUUCAACUGUUUCGUUCUGUUGCCAGUUUCUUUUUCAUAGGUGAUUAGCACACAAUAUCCCAUUGUCCUGACCCUCCACACCUACUUCAAUCAAGAUCAUUUUGAGAAUCAAACUUGAGACUUCAACCUUUUAUAUUCAAACUCUUACCAAUUAUCCACCCCGGGUGGCUCAAGUGGUAAAAGGUUUUGAGGUCUUCGGUUCGAUACUCACUAAAAUAAUCUUUAUUGAAGUGGGACUUUGUUCAUUGUGUAUUGUUAAUUCUAUCUUAUUAUGAUCAAUUAUCACUAAGAACGCGUGCCUGUGAAUCGAUAUUUUCAUCCGGAUAUUAAAAUCUUUUAUUAAGUUUAUCAUAUUCUUCGAGAGUAGAUGGGGAUAAAAUAUAGUCUUUCUCCCAAAUAUUUGCUCUGUAAUUUGAAAAUAUGUUACUUACUUUUUGACAUAAUUGUAUAUUUGAUAUUGUUUUGAA